AUUGAAUCCGAAGGCGACACGUUACCAGAAAGAAACAAUCAAACGCAUGUCCUUUUCCGUAGAAUUAUGUAGCCACAGUACGUUUUUAUUACUUUAAGCCACUUGAUUUGGUAUUUAGUCGUGAUAUUUCGAGACAGUUGAAGAGAAAACAACGCAGACAGACAAUCAUGUGAAUGGACAUUUUUUCGUUGAGUGAAACAGCAGCAGAGGCAAACGAUUUGAGAAAUCAUCAAAUCUGAAGAUGUCAGCAGGAAAGGAUAUUUGCAAACGGGUCAAAGCAGAGGUCCGGGCCAAACUGAAAAUGUUGAAGUCGAAGAAGUUCAUACGAUUUCGACACCAUCUGUGUAGGAAGAUGGAUGAUAAGAGUGUUGAGAUGAUGGGAGUGAAAGACAUUGUGUCAGUACUGAUGAAGAAAUAUGGAGAAAAGGCCUGUCACAUUGUGUCCUCACUUCUAAAAGACAGUAAAUGUCGGAGUAAACGGAGACGAAGUCAACAAGGCUUUGAGAAGAAAGAGAACCAGACAAUCUCAAUGGAUGACCAACAGGCCAACCACGCUGGAGGACCACUCGACGCAAUGCCAAGUGGCGCUCGGUGUUCAAACACCGCAACUAAUGGAAGCAACGUUAAUGCACCAAUGCUAACAAGGUGUUCAGUUGGAAAGGACUUGCAUUUAAGUUGUACCACAAAUAUUUAUGGCCAUGUGCCUGGAGGGGAGAUGAUUGACCAGCAGGUGCCAGUGUAUGACCAGAGCAAGGAGAAACAGAACAUCCUUCACAUCAGAGACGAGAUCAAAAAACGCCAGAAGAUUAAGUCUGAAACCAUACUAGAGGGUAUUGAAACCCAAAGCACAUCAGUCCUUAACAAGGUCUACACAGAGUUGUACAUGGUCACCUGUGAUUCUACCAGCAUCAAUAAGGAACACGAGGUGUGGCAGGCCGAGACGGCACACCUCAAAGACUACUCUGAGGCGUCUGUCAUAAAAUGCCAAGAUCUCUUCAAGCCUGCCGAAGACGAAACUAUCAGAUGUGUGAUGACAAAGGGAAUCGCUGGCAUUGGGAAAACUGUGGCAGCUCAGAAGCUCAACUUGGACUGGGCAAAUGGAAAAGAAAAUCAAGAUCUAGAUUUUCUAUUCCUCCUAUCUUUCCGGGAGCUGAAUUUGAGAAAAGGCCCGUGCAGUCUGCAUGAACUUCUUCAGCUCUUCUACCCUUUACUUACAGACAUAAACGUUAGGAAGAUGUAUGAUGAACAUAAGGUUUUGUUCAUCCUUGACGGCCUGGAUGAGAGCCAACUGCCACUCGAGUUUGAUGAAAUUGAAAACAGGCUGAUAUCUGAUGUGUCUGAGUCUGCUUCACUGGACGUUUUGCUUACAAACCUCAUCACUGGCCGUCUUCUCCCUGGGGCUCUCCUCUGGAUAACCUCCCGUCCAGUAGCGGCCAAUCAGAUCCCCAGAGUUUAUUGUCAACGAGUUACAGAGAUCAGAGGGUUCAAUGAUGCUCAAAAGGACGAGUACUUCAGGAAACACAUCAGAGAUCCAGAGAUGGCCAGCCGCAUCAUCUCAGACAUAAAAGCAACCCGGAGCCUCUACAUCAUGUGCCAUGUACCGGUGUUCUGCUAG